ACAAAGUACAGACCGGAAUUCUUUCCUUCCCACCGAGUUCUCGUUUCAUCCGGCUGCUUGGCGUCGCGCGGCGCUUCCAGGCUUUCCUUCAAAACUCCGCCAUGUCUUACGGGGCGGAAGAUUACGAUGAGGGUGCCUAUGAUCCUUAUACCUACCCAGGAGACUAUGACACACACACCGGAGAUCCCAAACAGGAUCUAGCCUAUGAACGACAAUAUGAACAGCAAACCUAUCAAGUUAUUCCUGAAGUAAUAAAAAAUUUCAUCCAAUACUUCCACAAAACUGUGUCUGAUCUGAUUGACCAGAAAGUAUAUGAGCUGCAGGCCAGUCGUGUAUCUAGUGAUGUCAUUGACCAAAAGGUGUAUGAAAUCCAGGACAUCUAUGAAAACAGCUGGACCAAGUUGACAGAAAGAUUUUUUAAAAACACACCAUGGCCAGAAGCAGAGGCAAUUGCCCCUCAGGUUGGAAAUGAUGCUGUUUUUCUUAUUUUAUACAAGGAGCUGUAUUAUAGACACAUCUAUGCAAAAGUCAGUGGUGGUCCAUCUUUGGAACAGAGAUUUGAAUCUUACUACAAUUACUGCAGUCUUUUUAACUAUAUUCUAAAUGCAGAUGGACCAGCUCCUCUGGAACUCCCCAACCAAUGGCUCUGGGAUAUUAUUGAUGAAUUCAUCUAUCAGUUCCAGUCCUUUAGCCAGUACCGCUGUAAAACAGCAAAGAAGUCUGAGGAAGAAAUUAAUUUUCUGCGUUCAAAUCCCAAAAUCUGGAAUGUCCAUGGUGUUCUCAACGUGCUGCACUCCCUGGUGGACAAAUCUAACAUCAAUCGGCAGCUAGAGGUUUACACUAGUGGAGGUGAUCCUGAGAGCGUGGCUGGAGAAUAUGGCCGCCAUUCACUCUAUAAGAUGUUGGGCUAUUUCAGUCUUGUGGGUCUGCUGCGUCUCCAUUCACUGCUGGGUGAUUAUUAUCAAGCCAUCAAGGUCCUGGAAAAUAUUGAACUUAAUAAGAAGAGUAUGUAUUCACGAGUGCCAGAGUGCCAGGUCACUACCUAUUACUAUGUGGGUUUUGCGUACCUUAUGAUGCGACGCUACCAAGAUGCCAUUCGUGUCUUUGCCAAUAUCCUCUUGUAUAUUCAGAGAACAAAGAGCAUGUUCCAGAGGACAACAUACAAAUACGAAAUGAUUAACAAGCAGAAUGAGCAGAUGCAUGCCCUUUUGGCCAUUGCUCUCACUAUGUACCCUAUGCGCAUAGACGAAAGCAUUCACCUGCAGCUACGAGAGAAGUAUGGAGACAAGAUGCUACGCAUGCAAAAGGGUGACCCUCAGGUGUAUGAGGAGCUAUUCAGCUAUGCAUGUCCCAAGUUCCUUUCCCCUGUGGUCCCCAACUAUGACAAUAUGCACCCCAAUUACCACAAAGAGCCUUUCCUGCAGCAGCUGAAGGUCUUUGCUGGUGAAGUCCAGCAGCAAGCCCAGCUGUCCACCAUCCGCAGCUUUCUCAAGCUCUACACCACAAUGCCCGUGGCCAAGCUUGCUGGCUUCUUGGAUCUCACCGAGCAGGAGUUCCGCAUCCAACUGCUGGUCUUCAAACACAAGAUGAAGAACCUUGUCUGGACAAGUGGCAUCUCUGCCUUGGAUGGCGAGUUCCAGUCGGCCUCCGAGGUGGACUUCUACAUUGACAAGGAUAUGAUCCACAUUGCAGAUACAAAAGUUGCUCGCCGCUAUGGGGAUUUCUUCAUCCGCCAGAUCCAUAAGUUUGAGGAGCUGAACCGCACUCUGAAGAAGAUGGGCCAGAGACCUUGAAAGUCCUUGAAUCCGUCAUCAGGCUGCCUACUCUUUUUUCUAAAGAGGGCAAGAUGAGCUAAGAAUUUUGGAAUCCUCUAUAACUAGCUGCCGUCUUUACUUGGAUAGCAGAUGUCUGAGCUCAUACAAAGGACUAAGAAAUAUAAUUAAAUGAUUGAAAUAUA